ACAUCUCAUCCCAAGACAACUCAUCCCAAGACAUCUCAUCCCAAGGCAACUCAUCCCAAGACAACUCAUCCCCAAGACAAGUCAUCCCCAAGACAAGUCAUCCCAAGACAUCUCAUCCCUAGACAUCUCAUCCCAAGACAACUCAUCCCAAGACAUCUCAUCCCAAGACAACUCAUCCCCAAGACAUCUCAUCCCAAGACAACUCAUCCCAAAGACAUCUCAUCUCAAGACAUCUCAUCCCCAAGACAUCUCAUACCAAGACAAGUCAUCCCAAGACAUCUUAUCCCAAGACGACUCAUCCCCAAAACAUAUCAUCCCAAGACAACUCAUCCCAAGACAACUCAUCCCAAGACAACUCAUCCCAAGACAUCUCAUCCCAAGACAUCUCAUCCCAAGACAACUCAUCCCCAAGACAACUCUUCCCAACUUGAAAUAUAACAUAAUUU